GUCAGGUCUAACCACGCAUUUAAGGUAGGCAGAUGCAUGGAAAGAAACAUGACGCAGUUCAUGGAUUGGCUGCAACGGAAGGAUUCGUACAGCGGAUGUGGAAUAGCGCGAUAUGCAGAGCAGAUGUCAUGGACGGAUUUAACGCGGAGACGACAUGCUCGUGGUGAGGGACCUGCAUGAGCCUCGAACAUUCUUGUCCAUCGUUGAUGUUGAGCAACGCGUGCUUGGAACGUCAUUUGUACGACGGAUCAAAGAUAUAAAGAUGGAGCUGAUCCCCGGCAAGAUGAGAUUCGCUUCCAACAACAUUCCCAUCUCAAUCACAAGACCCUCGAACGGGGAUCAACAGAUCACCACGUGAAAGACAAAACAUCCACCGACACAUCGCACAUCACCAAUCGCCCGUCCUCUCCCACGACAAUGGCUAUCGCACCGACGACUCCCUACCAGCCAUACGCUGCCCUUCACAAGACCAUCAAAGGACCCGGUGAUGCCCGUCCCACCGCUGAACAGGUCAUCCUCGACCGUUUCCCUCCACCGACGACAUCCACAGGGCUGAAAGGCCGAGUGAUCCUCAUCACCGGCGCCUCGUCCGGGAUCGGCGUCGAGACCGCCCGAGCACUCUACUCCGCCGGCGCCACGCUCUACCUCGGCGCGCGCGACCUCAAGAAGCUCCAAGCCGUGAUCGACGACAUCGUCUCCUCCCACAAGAAGAGCGACAACGAUGCCAGCGGCACCUACACGCCUCCCGUCCCGGAGAAGCUCGAACUGCACCUCGACUCGCUCCCACAAAUCCGGUCGGCGGCCGCCGAAUUCCUCCAGCGCAGCAACUCCACUCUCCACGUCCUGAUCAACAACGCCGGCGUGAUGGCCUGCCCGCUGACCCGCACGAAGGACGGCCUCGAGCAGCAGAUCGGCACGAACCACUUCGGCCACUUCCAGCUGUACACGCUGCUGGAGGGCGCCCUGCUGUCCGGCGCCGAGUCUUCCGGACAGCUCUCGCGCGUCGUGAACCUCUCCUCCAUGGGCCACCGCAUGGGCAGCGUGCGUCUGCCGGACUGGAACUUCACCGCCAACUCCACCAAGGCUAGCGACGGCAAGGAGACGAACUCGGACUACCACAAAUGGGCCUCCUACGGCCAGUCCAAGACCGCCAACAUCUGGAUGGCCUCGGCCAUUCACCGCCGCCACGGCACCGGCGGGAAACCCCUGCUCACCGGCUUCUCCGUGCACCCCGGCGGCAUCAAGACCGAGCUGGGCCGGCAUCUUGACGAUGUGGAGGACGCCGCCUUGCUCAAAGACUCCGGGUACCUCGACGAGCUGAAGAGCAUCCCGCAGGGCGCGGCGACGAGCGUGUGGGCGGCGGUGGCGGAGCAUUUCGACGACCCCCGGAACGGCGGGAGAUACCUGGAGGACGUCGGGGAGUCCGGGGCGGCGCCGCCGGGCGCGGAGGGCAUGACGCCGGGCUAUGCCGCGUGGGCGUACGAUGAGGCGGGGGCGGAGGAGUUGUGGAGGAUCAGCGUGGAGACGGUGAAGGAGAAGUGAGCGAUGGGCAUUCGGGGACCCUGAUGUGGAGAGAGAGAGAGAGAGCACAGUGCGAGUCAUCAUCGCUUUAAUCAAUAGAGGGAAAGGUUAAAUUAUCAUCGAUUCAUGUUCAUCGGUCGAUUUUCCGGUGUUUUUUUUACUAAAGAAGCUUCUCUCAUCAUCAAUAGACCGUCAACUCGGGACACCCCUCACACCUCGGCGCCGAGAACCUCGUCUCGACAUAGACCUUCUGCAUACCGUCGGCCUUCCUCUCGAAUUGCUCAUACACCUUGGCGAGAUCCUCCACGCGGACCCGAUGAGUGACCAUUUUCAACGGGUCGAUUCCGCC